ACCUCCUUUUAGAAACCCAAAAAAUCCAACGGUGGCGAUCUCACAGAAGACCAAGAAAACCAACCCAAGAAUUCUAGAAUCUUCCUCUCCCUAUAAAUAAUCGUCCACCACCACCACCCUCCAAUCUCCACCGUCCAAUUCCUCUCUCCCCUUAAAACACAGAUCCUAGACCAAACCAAACCCUCUCUCUCAAACCACCCAAGUCCACACAACAUUCCUCCGAAUUCCCAAUCCCUCCUUUCUCUCUCUCUCCCUCUCCCCUAGGGUUCCAUCAUCGGUUGAUUAAAGAUGUUUGGGAGAGCGCCGAAGAAGAGCGAUAACAGCAAAUACUAUGAAAUUCUCGGGGUUUCGAAGAGCGCUUCGCAGGACGAUCUGAAGAAGGCUUAUCGGAAGGCCGCUAUCAAGAACCACCCCGACAAGGGCGGUGAUCCUGAAAAGUUUAAAGAGCUGGCCCAAGCUUAUGAGGUCUUGAGUGACCCAGAGAAGCGCGAGAUUUAUGAUCAAUAUGGUGAGGAUGCUCUCAAGGAAGGAAUGGGUGGUGGAGGAGGUGGGCAUGACCCAUUUGACAUCUUCCAGUCAUUCUUUGGAGGUGGUAGCCCUUUUGGUGGUGGUGGUGGAAGCAGCAGAGGCCGAAGGCAAAGAAGGGGAGAGGAUGUGGUCCAUCCCCUCAAGGUUUCUCUUGAUGAUCUGUACAAUGGGACAUCCAAGAAGCUAUCUCUCUCACGCAAUGUAAUCUGCUCCAAGUGCAAGGGUAAAGGAUCUAAGUCGGGUGCUUCCAUGAAGUGUGCUGGGUGUCAAGGGUCUGGAAUGAAAGUUUCUAUCCGACAUCUUGGCCCAUCUAUGAUCCAGCAGAUGCAACAUCCUUGCAAUGAGUGUAAAGGUACUGGUGAAACCAUCAAUGACAAGGAUCGCUGCCCACAGUGCAAGGGUGAUAAGGUCGUUGGGGAGAAGAAAGUUUUGGAAGUUGGUGUGGAGAAGGGAAUGCAGAAUGGACAGAGGAUCACAUUCCCUGGGGAGGCUGAUGAAGCACCUGAUACGGUUACUGGGGAUAUAGUCUUUGUCCUACAACAGAAAGAGCACCCGAAGUUUAAGCGGAAGGGAGAUGAUCUUUUUGUCGAACACACCUUGACACUUACUGAGGCACUCUGUGGCUUCCAGUUUAUUCUUACCCAUCUCGAUAAUAGGCAGCUUCUCAUUAAAUCCCAACCCGGAGAAGUUGUCAAGCCUGACCAAUUCAAGGCAAUUAAUGAUGAGGGGAUGCCAAUGUAUCAGAAGCCCUUUAUGCGGGGGAAACUGUAUAUCCACUUCACAGUGGAUUUCCCAGAGUCCCUCGCACCUGAUCAGUGCAAGGCUCUUGAAGCUGUGCUGCCUUCAAGGCCCCUGAUGCAGGCGAGCCAAAUGGAGGUAGACGAAUGCGAGGAGACCACUCUGCAUGACGUCAACAUUGAGGAGGAGAUGCGUCGGAAGCAGCAACAGGCCCAAGAGGCGUAUGAUGAGGACGAAGACAUGCAUGGCGGGGGUGCCCAGAGGGUUCAAUGUGCUCAGCAGUGAUAAAAGUUUCAUUUGACAAGUGCUCGCUAGGAAAGAGUAACUGGUUCAUGGGAAGAGCAUGGAGGUGAGACUUCUGUUUGUUCCUAGAUUUAUCAAGACUUGAUAACAUUCUUUGGAAUGUUAUGUUAUAGCAUUUAGAAUAUGUAGUCUAUGGAUUUGGAAUUUUAUUAUGUGAGUGAACUGAUAAUGUAUGCAAGGUGGUCCUUGACUAGUUGCAGAAACAAAUCAAAUUAUUGCUAUCACAAUUUGUGGUGCUAUUGUGCUUUUACAUGAA